AUGCGUUGGGGAGUCCGAGACGAGGCCACGGACGAUCACAUGACUACGGAACUUUGCAUGCGGGAGAUUAAGAACUGCCAGAGGCUUUCAAUGGGGCCAAACUUCGUGGUAUUUCUGGGACAAAAGUACGGUUACAGGCCAAUACCAACCUACGUGCUAUCUUCGGAGCUCCAAAUGCUGCGAGACGAGCUAGCAGCUGGUGGAGUCGAUGUAAUUCUACUUGAUACUUGGUAUAAGAAAGAUUCGAAUGCUGUACCACCUGUUUCAGUCUUACAACCAAUUUCUUCCAUACUAGUAAAUUUCAAUAAUAAGAGAGUACCAAAGCUACAAGCUGAGGACCAAGCGAUUUGGUGGGACACACUCGGAAAGAUGCAAAAACUAUUCCGCAAAGCUUCACAGCAGUUAUACAAUUCUGGCAAAAUUGACAAGGAUACCAUGCACAACUAUUUUAUGUCGGUAACUGAACGUGAAGUUAUCAACGGAAUUCUUAAUGUUAAGAACACAAAAAAUCAUUGUCUCGCUUACGUUAGGUACAUCAACAAUAUAAACCUUCAGAACCUAAAGAAAGCCGGCAACUUCGUGGACAUUCUUAACAGGAGCUUAGAUGCAGAAGCUUCCAAACUAUUGGCUGAUCUAAGAGAUGUGAGGUUGCCAGAGAAAAUUGAAACAACAAACAUACAGAAGUAUACUGUUGAAUGGAUUGGUCGCGAUGGACUUGACACAGAAACUCAUGGAGAAUAUCUAAACCACUUUAUAUCACACUUCUACAAAAAUAUUAUCAAGCUCGUUGACAGAAGACUUUGA